GUGGGCACCGCUCAGUCUGCUGAUGGUCAGCUGAUCGUUCCGGAAGUGCAGCUGCAUUCCAGCUAGCAGCGUUUUGUUUAUUUGGAUCCGAAUCGGCUCUGAUGAUCACACGAGAGAAUUUAUUCUAUCUUUAUAUUUCAGAAAUCACUUUGUUGCUGCAGAUCAUUGAGCGACUCUCACUGAAAAACAACAUAACUAAACAAAAUGGCUCCACUUAGUGUCCAGACCGGAGUCAGUCUAGUAACGAUCAUCUGUCUUCUGCUAGCAACUCAGGCAGCAGAAGCUAAAAAUUCUGAGGACAUCCGGUGUAAAUGUAUUUGCCCCCCCUACAAAGACAUUGAAGGACAAAUCUACAAUCAGAACGUUUCCCUGAAGGACUGUAUCUGUCUUCAUGUGGUGGAGCCCAUGCCAGUGGAAGGGAAAGACGUGGAGGCGUACUGUUUACGCUGCGAGUGUAAAUAUGAAGAGAGAAGCUCGGGAACGAUUAAAGGGACCAUCAUUAUCUAUCUGUCUGUUUUGGGGCUGCUGCUGCUUUACAUGGUGUAUCUGACUCUGCUGGAGCCCAUACUCAAACGCCGCCUGUUCGGACACUCACAGCUCAUCCAGAGCGACGAUGACGUCGGGGACCAGCAGCCAUUCGCAAACGCUCACGACGUGCUUUCCCGCUCCCGCUCUCGCACCAACAUGCUGAACAAGGUGGAGCACGCGCAGCAGCGCUGGAGGAGACAGGUCCAGGAGCAGCGCAAGUCUGUGUUCGAUCGCCAUGUAGUGCUAAGCUAAAAAAAAAAAAAAACUUCCUAGUGGAGCGUCUGGUUAUGACCGCUGUUGUACAUGCAGCAUAACCUCCUCGCCUUUAUAACAUUAUCUCCUGUGUGUGUGUGUGUGGGUGCAUGCUUGUGUGCGUGCGUGGAGAGAUUUAGAUGGUGGUAAUGUGUAAUGUUUUCUCCAUAACCCGCUGGCAUGGAAUCUUACCACUCUCUAGCUAACAUUCUGAAUUUCUUUUCUGCAUGAAUUAAUCAUUUGUGAAUGGAAAAUGUGUUUGUUGUUUACACCAGGAGGUACGAAAAUACGAGUGAAAGAUUAAAUAUGAGAACCUGAACACAUGCAAUCAUCUCACCUUUCUUAAAUUAUCAUAUUAAAUUAUAUUGUUGUGUGUGUGUGUGUGUGUGUGUGUGUGUGUGCGUGCGUGUGCGCAUCGAUCAUGUGGUGAACUUUUUAUUGCUAAAUAAAAACCUGUUUCUUGUUUCAAAGCAUAACCAAUCAUUACAAGACACAUAAAAUUGAUGUACAUUUUCAUGUAAACGGACUGGACAUUAUUCAUUACAGUACUGCUGUAGCACUUUCUCCAAACAAAAAUUGUUCUCAUUGUGUUGGAUUCAUGUUUCUUAGGUUUGAUGAUGAGAUUUUAUCUUGUACCUGUGACCACUUCUAAUAUAUUCAAUACACUUCUGUGGGAUUUGUGGA